AUGGUGGCUACUGCUACGAUUCUGAAAAUAACUCCGUUUCAUCGGAAUCCAUCUUUUCCAUACAAGCAACGUCCUAACAAUGUUUAUUUCUACUCCAAACCUCAACUCCUAUCAAUUCGUCUCCAAAUCGCCGUUAAAUACAAACAAUCUCCUUGGUUUGAAGCUCAAGUAAGAUCCGAUACCGACUCGAAUCAUGAUCAGUUGUUGAAGAAGACACUUUGCAAAAUCUUGGUUCAGAUCAAGAAAACGUUAGAUUCUCUGAAAAAACCAGUUAGUGCCGCUGUAUUUAUGCUUAGUCUGAUUUUGUUAUGUGAUCGUAACUUGGCCUUGGCUGCCUCUGGUGGUAGAAUUGGCGGUAGUGCCUUCUCGUCUAGGUCUAACACCUCUUCUUCUUCUUCUACGUCGUCUUCUCGUUCGCUAUCAUCAUCAUCAUCUUCGAGCUACUCUUUCGACUUUGAAUCGCGUCUGAGCUCCCAGUUCUCGGUUCUAAGCUCACGGGUCAUGACUCUGCCCCUAAUAUCCAAUACGAGCUUGUCUCUGAUUAUGAUAGGUUUGACAGCGUUUGGUAUUGUCUCAGUAACCAUUGCAAACAUGUCAGAGAGUGACAAUAUAAGCAAUACUCAGAAAACUAGUGUCCUGAGACUACAGGUUGGGUUGCUGGGUUCAGCAAGAAAUUUACAACAAGAUUUUAAUCAUCUAGCUGAAAAUGCAGAUACAACUACACCAGAGGGUCUAAGCUAUGUUUUAACCGAGGCAACAUUAGCUUUGCUGAGACACCCGGACUAUUGCAUCUCUUGUUAUUCAUCAGUGGAUUUGAAGCAGUGUUUAGAAGAAGGAGAGAAGCAAUUUAAUCAACUCUCGGUUGAAGAACGAGGAAAAUUUGACGAGGAGACACUAGUUAACGUGAAUAACAUAAAGAUACGAAGCUCAAAGAUUCAGAAAGCUAGUGGUUUAAGCAAUGAAUAUAUUGUGGUAACCAUGUUGGUGGCUGUAGAAGGUACAUAUAAACUGCAGACAAUAAAGAGAAGUGAAGAUCUUAAGGAAGCCUUACAUAAACUCGGAUCGAUACCGAGUAGCAAAAUAUUGGCAGUAGAGGUACUUUGGACUCCACAGAACGAGAAGGACGUUUUGACAGAAAGAGAACUACUUGAAGACUACCCACUUUUGAGGCCUUUGUAA